ACUCCAGAAUAUAUCACUGUCAGUCGCCCCUCCUUCCUGGAGACAUUGCCUCCACUCAUCGACGUAAUUCGGUCAAAAUGCGUUUUGUCUCCUACCUCAGCGCCGCCUUUUCUAUCGCAGCGCUCUUUGCAACCGUCUCGGCCGCGGCGGACGCAAGUGAACCGGAGGUCGUUGCUACAGCAGCCUUUCCGGAAACGAAUAUUUUCAACCAUGUUGUGAACGGAGAGAAAAACACAAUAACGUUGACGGUCGAGAACAAGUCGGCACGCAACAUCACCCUUCUGAAUAUUGCUGGAUCUUUGAGCCUGCCCGAUACUGGCGUCGUGAUCAAGAACCUUACCUCGCUUAAAUAUGGCGUCCCUCUCAUCUCGUCGGUUAAGGUUCAAUUGCCGUACACCUUCUACAGCGAGUUUAAGCCUGGUGACCAUCGCCUCAACAUUUGGUUGGAGCACUCAGCGGAAAAUGUGGUAUACAAGGUCGAAGCGUAUGAUUCUGUCAUCACCGUCGUGGAGCCCGAACUCUCCAUUUUCGAUCUGAAAUUACUCUCGACCUACGCAAUCGUGGCCGGUCUUCUUGGAUCCUUGGUUUACUUCGCGUUCCUGUCGUUCUUCCCGCAAACCAAGAAAACGCGCAAGGCGACGGUCCCUACGGUCAGCGCACCAGUGACAGUGACUGCAACAGGGGCAGGAGGUUAUCAAGAGGAAUGGAUUCCUGAGCACCAUCUCAGGAAGUCCAAGUCCAAAAAGACAGGGAUUGCAAGUGGAACGAGUGGUGAUGAGCUCAGUGGCGGCGAGACGAGCGGAACAGAAGGUAAGAAACGCAAGGGCAAGAAAUAAGCGGUAGUACAACUAUUACUACUUUGAAUAGCACAAAGUAGCCGAUCACAAUUGUUAUUUGUGCAUAUUUGUU